GCGAACACCUCUCCAGAAAUGACGGAUGACAGCUGAUUAGGUUUGAGUAUUUUAGACAGUUUUCAGCUGUAUUUUUUCUCCGUGUUGUUGUUUCAUCGGACCAUGGCUGUAGCUUGUUGUCUCCGGUUAAUCCUGCCUCUCCUCCUGCUGCUGUGUCCGGGGCUGCAGCCGGCGGUGGAGGCGGCGGAGCAGGUCGCUCUGGUGGAGGUGUUCGUGGAGCAGCGGCCCGGUGUCAGCGCUCUGCUGCAGGGGGAAGUGGUGGAGUCCAGCCCGGGCAGCUGGAGCUCCGAGCACCGGGACGAGGAGGGAGAGGAGCUGCAGGGAGAGCUGGUGCUGGUUCGUGAUGACAAGCUGCAGGUGAGCGGAGGUAAAGUGGAGGACGACACCAAAGAGCAGGAGCCGUGGAUCGGGGUGGUGCCGGUGGAGAUGGACGACAGCAAAGCUUCCACUGGAAACCAGGAGUCCUUCACUGAUGCAAUGGUCAAUAAAAUGAAGCGAGCGUUGGUCCUCGGAGCGUCGGCGCUGAUCAUUCUGGCUCUCAACCAAAACUCAGUCAGUGAGAUGGAUCUGUCUCAGGUGCUGUCGAAGCCCAUCAUCGUGAUCCAGACGUCGGAAAACGUCACCAAGCUAAUCGGAGCUCUGCUCAGGGGUCUUCAGGCGACAGCGAAAAUCACAUAUAAGACCAUCCUACAGGACAAUCUGGGAGCCACGCUCACGCUGUGGUCCAGCUGCGGCCGGUCGAGAGGAGGACGCUACGGAGAGUGGCAGGGAGUCAUCUGCACGGGAGAAACCAACUCUCAGGUCCAGAAGUACCUCCAGCAGCUGUGGGACACGGUCCUCCUCGUGGCUCUGAUCCUCAGCACCGGGGUCAUCGUUCAGGCCCGCUGGCAGUACCAGGACCACCAGCUGCACGACGACUUAGAGUUGUUUCCUAAACAGGACGUCCUGAAGACGAUGUCGUCUCUGAAGACCAAAACGUACCGUCAGCCCAAACCGUGGUGUGAUCCGUCUCAGCCGGUAGAGACCGACAACUGCGCCGUCUGUCUGGAGCCGUUCAACAACAACCAGUGUCUGCGGGUGCUGCCGUGCCUCCAUGAAUACCACAGAGACUGUGUGGAUCCCUGGCUGCUGCUGCACCACACCUGUCCGCUCUGCAAACGCAGCAUCCUCAGCAGCGUCUGUAAAGACAGUUAACGGCCGCCUCACCUCUGGGAAUCACGUCUCGUCUUCUGUGACACUCCAGUCGCCGUUUUUUUCUUCUUGUUUUUUUUUUCUCCUUUUUUCUCUGACCUCGUCGUCUCCUCACUCCAGCGAUGGAUUAUGGGAGCAAAAAAUUAAAAAAACUUCUCACAGCAGCUGACUGACCGAGGGGCCGACUUGGGACUUUUUCUUUAAGAGCCAGUCGGGGAUUGUGACCUCUGACCUUUGGGGUUGGACGCAGACGGAGGUCUCACUGACAUUAAAGCGGUAGUAUAAAACAAUACUAUGAACUACUUUAGCAGUACUGUUGUGUGUGUGUGAGAACAGAACUUCUUCCUGGGAUCAUGUUACUGUACAAUCGUGGAAAUAUUCGUAUGUGUAUGUGUGUGUGUGUGUGUGUGUGUGUGUGUGUGUGUGUGUGUGUGAUCUUACAGCAGUGUUUGUGUUACAGCUUCAGACACAUUCUGCUCAGUUUCCGCUGCGUAACGGACGUAUUGAUCGACUCUCCGGUGUCAGUGUGUUCAGGUUUAUUUCUAGGUCCAACAUGAUGCCAAUAACCAACUUACAGAGUUGACUGAAGACUUUAAAACGUGACUGAUUUCAUCUAGUAUUGAAACUAAAUGCAAUUUUUAAAUGUUAGCCGUAGAGGUAACGUUUUCGUUAGUCGUAGUCCAGAGUCGGUGUUUGCACUCGUUUCAAACAUGCCUUAUUGUGACUUCACUGCAGAGUGAUGGAAACCCCCCCAAAAUAACACUCACACACACACACACACACACACACACACACACACACAAUACGGCGGUGUAUUAGGUCCAUAUAUAUGUUUUUAAAAAAACAAUACUGUCCUGGAGGAGGGAAGAUAAUAUUUUGAGAAUUUCUGAGAUUAAAGUUGUAAAUUUACGAGAAAUAAACGUGCAUAUUUAUGAGAAACACAAUGUCUUCUUGAAAUCUGGAUAAUUAGGAUAUUAUGGUGAUUCUGGGCUAAGAUAACAAGUAUCUCCUUAUUGCUAAAACCAACUGAAAAGUACAAUUAGAUCAGCUCUUCCACGGCAGGCAUAAAGCAGGAUAAGCAACGUCUUGCUAGUGUUGCAAAGUGAGUAUAUGUGACUUCUCGGCAGAAUAAAACACCUUUUUUUCGAGUUUUUUCUUGCAAAUUUGUGACUUUAUGUCUGAGAAUAUCCAAGUUUUUCUCUCGUAAAUGUAGGACUUUAAUCUCAGAAAUUCUGAGUUUUUUUCUCAACAUUUUUCUCCUCCAGGUCGGUAUUUUUCUUUACAUAUAUGACCCUAAUACGCUGUCAUACACACAUUCACAUCCAGACUUGUUGAAUGAUACUUUAGCAUCAGAGGUUUGUCUGUUACAGGAGCUCAUUUAGUUUGCACUGUUAUAUAAAUGUUACACACAUGUAGGCUGGUAAAGUUAAAAAGGUCAAUGCUCACAUUUAAAAAGAAGGAAGAAGUUAAAGGAUAAAGCUGCAAAUGUUAUAUAUAUUUUUCUUAUUUAUACUGUAUGUGCAGAACCAAUAUAACAAUGAGCAAAUCCUGCUUAAGGAUAUUACAGUAGACCUCUGUUGUUGUUUAAAAAACUAUUAAAAACACAUUAAUGAGCCACACCGCUGCACUGAGUGACAUAAUCCUUCAUUAUUAAGAGAUUAACACAUUUAGUUGGUUUAGAAAUGGCUCCAAAGACUAAUAACAACGAUCAUAUUUACCAUUACUAAUAUUUUCAUGGUGAUAAUGUCGCCCAGUGCAGCAGUGGGGCUCAUUAUUGGGUUUUUAAUAGUUUUUUUGGACACCAACGGAGAUCUACGGCACUUCUAAGUAGAUCAGUUCAUCGCUGGUUUGGCUCUGCACAUGAGAUUUUAUUGCAGUAAGAAAAAAUAUAGAAAAUUCGUCACAUUUGGAAAGAUAGAAGAAGUUAAAGGAGAAGAUAAGGCUGCACAUUUUCUAUAUUUUUCUUAUUAUAUUUGUGCAGAACCAAACCUAUAAUGAACUGGGCCUGCUUAAAAAUAAGCUAUUAAGGUUUAAAUGACCAUAAUUUCCAAAGAAUAUGUGUAAAACCUGUGAUGAUAGGUUGAAAUUAAGCUGGCUAAAAAGGUCUAAACACAGAAUUGGGUGAUAAUUUAUACUUUAUAAAACAAUCAAUCCAGACUGGGUCAACUUUACAGCCCUUUUUUCGUCAAAUGUUCUAAUUCAGAAAAUAAUGAU